AUGGAGCGUGUCCAGCACAUUACGAAGUCAGCCAUCCGUCGCGCGUCUCAAAUCGAGGUGACUCCGCAGGCUAGGAGGAACCUGCAGGAGCUCUUCGUCAACUUCACCCUCAUCCUUAUCUGCCUGCUUCUCAUAUAUAUCAUCGUCCUGCUGAGCAGCUGA